AUGUCGAGGGUGUAUCUAAGUUCGGAAGGCAACGAAAUGCGCUUGAACUGGAUUGAUCCCGCACAAGGUUGGAUGCCGUAUCUGGUCACAACGGUUGAUAUGUGCGCCCAAUAUGGACUCUGUGGUGCAUAUGGAAUCUGUAACAUCAACAGUUCUCCUGCAUGCAGUUGUAUGGAAGGGUUUGAACCAAUAUUUCCAGUGCAAUGGAUUGCAGGAAAUUGGUCAGGUGGCUGUCAACGUGAAAAAUCGUUAAAUUGUGGGAAUGAGGAUGCGUUUCGAAAACUUUCAGGUGUGAAAUUGCCAGAUACCCGACAUUCAUGGUAUGAUCUGCGCACGGGCUUAAGAAAAAUAGCAGUGAAGCGGUUGUCGGAAACUUCUACGCAAGGACUUGACGAGUUUAUGAAUGAGGUUAGAUGUAUUCACCGGCUUCAGCACCGAAAUCUAGUGAAGCUUCUGGGAUUCUAUGCUUAA